AUGCAUAUUGUCUGUUUGCUUCUGUGCCUUGGCCUGGGUGUGGCAUCUGCUGUGCAGCAGAAAGACCAUGUGGCCCAAAAUGUCGUCAAACAAUAUCGCAGAAGUGUGGACAUACAACCAAAAAGCUGGUUGGCCGCCAACUGCAAGUGGUUGAGUAAGCUUCUACGCCAAAAAAAUGUGGUUGUCAAUCAGCUGGGAAACACUGCAUCUGCUAUUGAGAGAGACCAAACACUUUCAGAAUCUGAGCGUAACUUUCAGGUGCACACAAUACAAGUUUUGCAGACAGAGUUGAAUGAGAGCGAGCAAAUGGUAUUCCAGGCUCUGCACAGCCUGCAAAGGUCAUUGCAGGGAGACUACAAGGAUGUGGUCAAGAUUAGGCAAAGCAGCAAACAGAGGUUGGAGUCCCUGAGGAAGGCAGCAAUACAGGAGGAGCAGGAGUAUGUUGAACUGGUGGCUGCAGAAAAGCACCAGCAGGAGGCUGUAAAGAGUGUCCUUGCCCGAAAUAAGACUAUGUCCAUGGUUGAUGAAAUCCUGGAAGAUGUGAGGAAGGCAGCAGACCGACUGGAAGAGGACAUUGAGGAACAUGCCUUUGACAAUAACAAAAAGAUGCAAGGAGUGAAUGUCGAAGCAGUGCUUAGAGUGGAUGACGAUGAGGAAAAUGGAGGCAAGAGAAAGAAUAGAUCAAAUCAAAGGAAAGUGGAAAGUGACCUGGGCCUGAGCAUGCUCAUUGACUCUCAAAACAAUCAAUAUGUGCUGACCAAACCCAGAGAUUCCACAAUUCCAAGAGCAGACCCUCAUUUUAUCAAGGAUUUGGUGUCUGUGGUGAUGUUGUCACUACCCUGUGGCUGGACAUGCAGUCUGGUGGGCCUGCCUCCCAUGUUUGGAUACAUCAUAUGUGGAGUCCUGCUUGGACCAUCUGGUUUCAACAGCAUUAAAUCGAUGGUCCAAGUGGAGACUUUGGGAGAAUUGGGGGUGUUCUUUACUCUCUUUGUGGUAGGACUUGAGUUCUCACCUGAGCGUCUUCGAAAGGUAUGGAAAACGUCCGUGCAGGGUUCCUGCUACCUGUGCCUGCUCAUGGUUGUCAGCGGUUUGUUAUGGGGACAAGUGCUAAACAUUCAACCCAUCCAAACGGUCUUCAUAGCCACGUGUCUCUCCCUAUCCAGCACCCCAUUAGUGUCUCGUUUCUUAGCAGGGGCGAGCAGAGGGGAGAAAGAAGGUGAGCUCGACUACAGCAGUGUACUCCUCGGGACUUUAGUGAUGCAAGAUGUUCAACUUGGCCUAUUCAUAGCUGUCAUGCCAACGAUGAUCCAAGCUCAAAGUGGAGACACUGAAAGCUUCCUGCUUGAAAGUGUUCGUGUGCUGUCUCUCCUGGGGCGUGUCCUGGCAUCACUGGGUGCCGUCAUGCUCCUCUGUCUUUUGCUCAAAUCGUAUGUGGUUGGCCCCUUUUACAAGAAAUUGCAUGCGGAGAACAAAGGCAACAAGGAGAUCCUGGUGCUGGGGAUUGCAGCUUUUGUUUUUUUCAUGCUAACGGUAACAGAGUUACUGGAUGUUUCAAUGGAGUUAGGCUGUUUCCUGGCUGGAGCUUUGCUGUCCUCUCAGGGUCAUAUGGUCACUGCAGAGAUCAUGGGAUGCUUUGAGCCAAUUCAAGAUUUCCUCGCCAUCAUCUUCUUCGCCUCAAUUGGUCUCCACGUGUUCCCUACGUUUGUACUGUAUGAACUCACCAUUCUAGUGGCACUCACACUCACACUUGUCAUAUUGAAGUUCAUACUGGCAGUGCUGGUGUUAUAUGUCAUCUUGCCACCCAGCUCUCGUCACAUUCGUUGGAUCGUCUCAGCUGGUCUGGCUCAAGUCAGCGAGUUCUCCUUUGUCCUCAGCAGCCGUGCACGUCGUGCCGGCAUCAUCUCUAGAGAGGUGUACCUGCUUGUUCUCAGUGUCAGCACCCUCAGCUUGCUAUUGGCACCAGUCCUGUGGAGAGUGACUACAUACAAAUGGAUGCCACGAAGAACUGUCACGUGA